UGCGCUGUCAUGUGAUAGAGAAUGUGCGCGCGCGUACAGCGUCUUGUCAGCUAGCGCUCAGGAUGGACUGCAGAGAGUCGGCGUUAUUAGUGUCCGUUCUCCUCUUGGCUUUGGCUUUGUGCUCUGCUCAGAAUUAUGUCCUGAGCGAUGACGGGGGUCUGGGAAGGGUUUUUGAUGGAAUUGGAGGUUUAAGCGGCGGAGGGGCGACGUCUCGGUUACUGGUGAGUUAUGCGGAGCCGUACCGCAGCCAGAUACUAGACUUCCUGUUUAAGCCAAACUUUGGAGCUUCUUUGCACAUUCUGAAGGUGGAGAUCGGAGGAGAUGCGCAAACUACUGAUGGAACAGAGCCGUCUCACAUGCGCUAUGAAAAUGAUGAGAACUACUACAGAGGCUACGAGUGGUGGCUUAUGAAAGAGGCCAAGAAGAGGAACCCAAAUAUCACACUCAUAGGUUUGCCCUGGGCGUUUCCCGGUUGGGUGGGCCGUGGCAAGAACUGGCCCUAUGACUACCCGGAUGUCACUGCAACAUAUGUGGUGAACUGGAUCCUUGGUGCCAAGCAGUACCAUGACCUAGACAUUCAGUAUGUUGGGAUCUGGAAUGAGCGAAGCUUUGACAUCAAGUACAUUAAGGUGCUCCGGAACAUGCUGGAUAAAGUUGGUCUAAUUGGUGUUGGCAUCAUCGCAGCAGACGGCGAUUGGAGCGUCGCUAAUUCUAUGAUCCUUGACCCAUAUCUUAAUAAUUCUGUUGAUGUGAUUGGGGCUCACUACCCGGGUACCACCACAAUAACAGAGGCCCUGAAGACACAGAAGAAGCUGUGGUCGUCAGAGGACUACAGCACCUUUAACAAUGAGGUGGGAGGAGGUUGUUGGGCUCGUAUCCUCAACCAGAACUAUGUCAAUGGACAAAUGACAGCCACCAUCUCCUGGAAUCUGGUGGCCAGUUAUUAUGAGGAUCUCCCAUUCGGCAGGGAUGGGCUCAUGACAGCUGAGGAGCCCUGGAGUGGCAACUAUGUGGUCGAGUCUCCAAUUUGGAUCACGGCCCACACCACACAGUUCACCCAGCCAGGAUGGACCUACCUGCAGACUGUUGGACAUCUGGCACAAGGUGGAAGCUAUAUUGCCUUGACUGAUGGGAAGGGAAAUCUCACUGUUACUCACAAUCAUUCAGUGUGCAUAAGGCCUCCACUACCUCCCUUUAAUGUAACAUCCCAAAAUGCAACUUUCUGGCUAAAGGGGUCUAUUGCAUCCAUUAAAGAGCUCCAAGUGUGGCGGUCACAGUUUGACUUUAAGACGAACAAGCCCUCCUUUUUUGAGAAACUAAAACCCCUGAAGCUUGUAGAUGGCUCGUUUACCCUGAAUCUGGCUGAAGACGAGGUUUACACACUGACCACUGUUAGCACAGGAAGCAAAGGCAGCUAUACCGACCCACCUCCCUCAGCUCGCUUUCCUAAAGUGUACAAGGAUGACUUUGAUGUUCGAAGCCCACCUUUUUCAGAAGCUCCAUACUUUGCUGAUCAGACAGGAGUGUUUGAGUACUACAUUAACCUGACUGAUCCUGGACCUCACGUUUUCACCUUAAGACAGGUUCUAACAGAAAGGCCCAUCACAUGGGCAACGGAUGCUGAUCAGACCAUUAGUGUCAUCGGAGACUAUUACUGGCAGAGCCUGACAGUGACAUGUGACGUCUUCAUGGAGAAGAUGAAUGCUGGUGGUGUGUUCAUAGCAGCCAGAGUGGAUAAAGGGGGACAGUCAAUCCGCAGUGCUAAAGGAGUCUUCUUCUGGGUGUUUGCUGAUGGCACCUACAAAGUUACCAAUGAUCUUGGUCAGUACAAUCUGUCUCUGCUCCAACCUUCUAUAAGAAUGAUCAAAGAUGUCCUACCAUUAGUUAAUGAUUGAGUCUUAAAAAAUGAUCAAUCUGUCUUUAUUAAUGGGCUGUGUACCA